CGAUUCUCUUUUUUUUUUCUCUGUCUCCGUGUCAUGGCGAAGCCCCGUAAGCCAAAGAACGAGGACCCUAAACCCGAGAAUUCCGGCGCCCUAGUUCACCACCAGAAGCUCUGCCUCUCCAUCGACCUCCACAAACGCCUCGUCUACGGGUAUACUGAAUUGGAGAUUGCCGUGCCGGAGAUUGGGAUCGUUGGCCUGCACGCUGAGAAUUUGGGGAUUGAGAGUGUUUCCGUCGACGGUGAGCCCACUGAGUUCGAGUAUUAUCCUCAGCAGCACCAGCAGCAGGCGGAGGACGAUGACAGGAGGUGGAGCUCCGUCGAUUCGCCUGCCUCGGCUGCUGACGCUGCCGGCUCAGUGUACUUGUCUGCUCUGGAGAAGGAGCUGGUGCCGAAUUUGCUCAUUAACUGCUGCAAGCCGGCCAAGGCUGAGAGUGAACAGCUCGAGCAGCAGCCGGUCUCUGAAAAUGGGUUUCAUUCCUCUGCUGAGCCUAAGCAGAAUGUAAGAGUCGUUCGUAUUAACUAUUGGAUAGAGAAGGCGGAGACAGGGAUACAUUUCAAAGAUAAUGUUCUUCACACUGAUAACCAGAUUAGGAGAGCGAGGUGCUGGUUCCCUUGUAUAGACGACAGUUCACAGCGAUGUUGCUACGACCUGGAGUUCACUGUAGCACACAAUCUUGUGGCUGUUAGUACCGGAAGCUUGCUAUAUCAGGUUUUAAGCAAGGAUAAUCCUCCUCGGAAAACAUAUGUAUAUAAAUUGGAUGUUCCAGUUGCUGCAAGGUGGAUAUCUUUGGCUGUAGCCCCAUUUGAAAUUCUUCCUGAUCACCAAUUCAGUCUUAUAUCACAUAUGUGUUUGCUACCUAAUCUGUCAAAGAUGCGGAAUACAGUGGAAUAUUUUCAUAGCGCCUUCAGCUGCUAUAAGGAUUAUCUUUCUGCAGACUUCCCAUUUAACUCUUAUAAACAAGUUUUCAUAGAGCCAGAGAUGGCAGUUUCUUCAAUGAGUUUAGGAGCAUCUAUGAAUAUAUUUAGUUCUCAAGUUUUGUUUGAUGAAAAGCUUAUCGACCAGACCAUUGAUACAAGGAUAAAACUUGCAUAUGCUCUUGCAAGACAAUGGUUUGGUGUAUAUAUCACUCCCGAGGGACCAGAUGAUGAAUGGCUUUUGGACGGGCUUUCUGGUUUCUUGACAGAUUUUUUUAUUAAGAAACAUUUGGGCAAUAAUGAGGCGCGGUAUCGUAGAUACAAGGCAAACUGCGCUGUCUGUAAAGUUGAUAGUAGUGGAGCCACAGCUUUGAGCUGUUCAUCUUCUUGUAAGGAUUUAUAUGGGACGCACUAUAUGGGUUUGUAUGGAAAAAUAAGAUCGUGGAAAGCUGUGGCAAUUCUUCAGAUGCUGGAAAAGCAGAUGGGUCCUGAAUCUUUCCGUAGAAUUUUGCAAACAGUAGUUUCUCGUGCUCAAGAUAAAACACGUUCUGUGAAGACUCUUAGUACUAAGGAGUUUCGGCAUUUUGCCAAUAAGGUUGGAAAUCUUGAACGACCAUUUCUUAAAGAUUUCUUCCCUCGGUGGGUUGGUUCAUGUGGAUGCCCUAUUUUAAGGAUGGGAUUUUCCUAUAAUAAAAGGAAGAAUAUUGUUGAAUUGGCUGUAUUGAGGGGAUGCACAGCAUCACAGACGUCAAGUACAUCAGCUCUUGAUAUUAAUCCAAAUACUGAAAAUAGAGAUGGUGACAGUGGAUGGCCUGGGAUGAUGAGUAUCAGGGUAUAUGAACUUGAUGGAAUGUAUGACCAUCCAAUUCUACCAAUGGCUGGAGAAGCAUGGCAACUAUUAGAAAUACAGUGCCACUCUAAGCUUGCUGCUAGACGUUUUCAGAAGCCUAAGAAAGGUCUAAAACUAGAUGGUUCUGAUGAUAAUGGUGAUGUACCUUCCAUGGAUGUACGCUCCAGUACAGAGUCCCCUUUGUUAUGGAUCAGAGCAGACCCUGACAUGGAGUACCUUGCUGAGAUUCAUUUUAAUCAACCAGUACAGAUGUGGAUUAAUCAAUUAGAGAAGGAUAAAGAUGUUAUUGCUCAGGCACAAGCGAUUUCUACCUUAGAAGCAUUGCCCCAGUUAUCAUUUUCUGUUGUAAAUGCCCUCAACAAUUUUCUCACUGACUCCAAGGCUUUCUGGAGAGUACGAAUCGAAGCAGCAUUUGCAUUGGCGAGUUCAGCAUCUGAGGAAACUGAUUUCGCUGGCCUGCUUCAUUUGAUUAAAUUUUAUAAGAGUCGAAGGUUUGACUCUGACAUUGGACUCCCAAAGCCAAAUGAUUUUCAUGAUUUUGCUGAGUAUUUUGUUCUUGAGGCCAUUCCACAUGCUGUAGCUAUGGUCAGAGCUGCAGACAAGAAAAGUCCAAGGGAGGCAAUCGAAUUUGUUUUACAACUAUUGAAGUACAAUGACAACAAUGGGAACCCUUACUCAGAUGUCUUCUGGCUUGCUGCAUUGGUUCAGUCGGUUGGCGAGCUUGAAUUUGGGAAACAGAGUAUCCUCCUAUUGUCAUCACUUCUUAAACGCAUUGACCGGCUGUUACAAUGUGAUAGCCUCAUGCCCAGCUACAAUGGAAUCUUGACUAUCAGUUGUAUCCGGACAUUGGCUCAGAUUGCGCUAAAGCUGUCAGGGUUCAUUCCUCUUGAUCGUGUGUAUGAACUUGUGAAGCCUUUUAGGGAUUUGAAGGCAAUGUGGCAAGUUCGCAUUGAAGCCAGCAGAGCCCUCCUUGAUCUUGAAUUCCACUUGAAAGGCAUUGAUGCAGCAUUACUUCUAUUUAUCAAAUACGUUCAGGAGGAGCCUUCCUUAAGAGGGCAGUUAAAACUGGCCACUCAUGUUAUGCGACUCUGUCAGAUGAAAGAAGGACCGAGUUCUAAUGAUGAAAUUUCAAGCCAAAAUCUCAUCUCAUUGCUUUGUUUAAUGGAAGGACGGAUGGCUUUUAAUAAUGUCUUUCUCCGACACUACUUGUUUUGCAUAUUACAAGUAAUUGCGAAAAGGUAUGAAUUCGUCUAUUUUUAAUGCUCCUUACUAGAA